AAGCGUACUGCGCUGUGCGCACAUUGUACAAAGCCAAUCAUUCGAUGAGUUAUUAAUCUGAAGUCGAUAAGUGACUAUAGACGCGUUUGCUAUUACCGUGCCAUUGACCAUUUAUGUUUGCAACAUUGUGAUAGCAGCAAAGUUGAUGUAUAUGUAUUUAUUAGAAGAUCAGUUCAAGAAGCUCUUCGAGUCUGUAUCUUCGAAUUGAAGGGCCAAUGUGUUUGUAACUGGCGUAUAAUCUACAAUGUUUUGGACAGUCAUUCCCGAAGUAUAAAUAUCACAAACCUGCCACAUAAUAAACAGUUCAUCCGAAGUCUCUGCACAUAAUCAAAAUGAAAAUUACAGUGACUACGUUAAACGACGACAUCUUCGUCUUGGAUGUAUCAGAAGAUCUAGAAUUAGAAAAUUUUAAAGCAUUCUGUGAAAUAGAAUCGGGUUUCCCAGCUAAAGACAUAAUUCUUAAUUUUAAUGGGAAACCUCUUCUCGAUGAUAAAAAAUCCCUCAAAGAACAUGGUGUGAACGACGGAGAUGUCAUCGUUUUAAUCCACAUGCUGCAAUCUGCUCCAAAUCUUAAUAACAGCGAUGCAAAUCAAGCACUCCCAUCUGGUCUAGCAAGUCUAGACUUUAGUAAUAUCCGAGUGCCAACAGGUGCAAGCACAUCAAUGGCCACACGGGCGACUCCAGUAGAAGAAGACCCACGUAUUAUCCGUGAAAUGUUUCUGGCCAACCCAGACCAGUUAGCAUUGCUGAAGCAAAAUAAUCCUCGCCUAGCUGAUGCUCUGCUUAGUGGUAAUUUAGAUACAUUUGCUUCAGUACUGCGAGAACAAAUUUCAGCUAGAACUGAACGUCAGCAACAGAGGAUAAGGAUGAUGAACUCAGAUCCAUUUGAUACAGAAGCGCAAAGGAUGAUAGCUGAAGAGAUCAGACAGAAGAACAUAGAAGCGAACAUGGAAGCUGCCAUGGAAUUUAAUCCAGAGACAUUUGGAACUGUUGUUAUGCUGUAUAUUAACUGCCAUGUUAACGGGUUUCCAGUGAAGGCAUUUAUCGAUUCGGGAGCACAAACCACAAUAAUGUCAGCUGCCUGCGCCGAGAGAUGUAAUAUCAUGCGCCUAGUUGACACAAGAUGGGCGGGCAUUGCCAAAGGCGUCGGUGUGCAAAGAAUUAUAGGCCGUAUACACAUGGUGCAAAUGAGAAUUGAAAAAGAUUUCCUUACUACAUCAUUUUCCGUACUUGAAGAACAACCGAUGGACAUGCUCCUUGGCCUCGACAUGCUUAAAAGACAUCAGUGCAAUAUAGAUUUAAAGAGGAAUGUGCUUCUUAUCGGCACAACGGGGACAGAGACGCCGUUUCUGCCCGAGUCUGAGUUGCCCGAAUGCGCUAGACUCUCCGGAGUGUCUGAAGAUGAGAUCGUCAACCAAUCGGUGCGAGAACACGAGGACAGACUUAUGAAAGAAGCCCUAGAAAAAUCUAGACAAGAGGCUGGAAACGAAAGUACACGGUCCACGCCCAGUGGUCAAUCGACGUCUAGUACAGGACAAAGUAGCCAAAGAGCUGGUUUAGGAGACCCGAGUCAGACAAUCCUCCCAACGGACAAAUUUACAGAGUCUGAUGUUGAAGAGAUCGUGAAUCUCGGCUUUACUAGAGAACAGGCGAUCGUCGAGCUCCGGCGCUUCAACGGCGACAAGGCCCAGGCGACGUUAGCAUUGAUUGCGAAAUCAUUGAAAUUUUGAUCUACUUACGGGUUUCACCCCUUUUAAGUGCAACAUCUUCUAUUGCACUGAUGGUGAAUGCACGAGAACCUGAACAUAUCUACGUCUGUCGGUGUUUAACAAACACGACCACGUAAUGUGUACGAGCAAAGACUUUCUAUUUUAGACUCUUCUUACAGUGUCCCUGUGCGUAUGAACUGUGCAAAUUGUAUGCUUACAUUGAUUUCUAUAUAUUAUAUAUUCAAUCAAAUAAUUUAUAAAUACCUUUCUGACUGUCAACUUUACUGCCUUCACUCUCAAGCAACUAUGCUUACGGACUUACAUAUAAGCAAUUAUAUUUUUAUAUUGCUUUUAAAAUGAUAAGUUUCUAUGUGUAUACUUUAUUAAGGAAAUGUUGUCUUAUGGUCGCAAAUGACGAAACGUGAUAAUAAUUGUAAACAUCAAAUUAUAAAGACACGUUGAGGGUUGAAUUUUUAGAUGAAUUUUAUUGAAAAUUAUUGUGUCAUGUGUAUUGGUAGGUACUUAAUAGUAUUUCCAAGGCGCAGGUAGGUCUAGGAAUUGCUAAAGGCCAAUUGGCUCGUAAUGUUUGCAUUUUUAUCGCGUCUCGUUGUUGAGGACCGAAUUUAUAAUAAAUAGAUAGAUUUUAUAAUGUAAUUUAAUGUACUGCAACAUAUCUUAAUAUCUACGUUGUAGCUUGUGAAUUAACUAAUAACUAGUAAUUUGAACAAUAAAAAACUUCGUAUUAACAAUCUGAAAGCGAAAUUUAGACAGUAGGAGCUCAAGUCCAUGUCUUAUUGCGUUGUGCUGCAUAAUGUUCCCGUAGUCGAGACUAAGAACAAAAAUAUCUUGCUGCCCAGCUGUAAAUAUUGUUGAAUGAAUCAUGAUUCUGGAAUCCAUGAUGCAUUCCGUAUGAAACUUAAAAAUAUGCCCAGCGAACCGUUUUUAAUAGUUUUGUUUUUCUACAAAACUGUAUUUUGGAAGUGUUUUGUUAUUUUCACAUCAUCACACUAUACACUUUGUCAUCUCGCAUCAGUAUGUCGUACUUUAUUCACACCUAAAUCCCCCCCUUUUUAUAGUACACUCGUCUCUGGUAUGGUAAAUUGUCUCUUUAUCCAAGGAAUGCAGCUGCUUGCAAUUUAAUAACUUUAAAAUGGCUUAAAAGUCUCGAUUACGAUUCUACCGAGAACUACAAACGAUGCGCAAAUAUGUAGUAAAUCUAUACACAUACACUAACAUACAGACGCGCACGCACACACACACGCACACACACACACACACACACACACACA